CACCUCGCUGCAAAGGGCACCACACUCCGCGGCACCCCAAGAUCGGCGGAGGCAGCCAACAUGUGAAGCAUGUGAUGAAAUAGUAAGACUUGCUCGCUUUUGCAAAUGUCGAGGUUUUCUCUCUCGGAACACCCCAAACAUCUACUUUCUUUUCGGAGCAGUUUAUCGUUUUGUCCGUCUCUCCUAUAUCCAUGGUAUACCCGUUAUUCAUCCGGACUAGAAAGGGAAAGAAACAGCCAAGGCUCUACAGCCCGGACCUUAGCCUCUCUACGAUUGACCAGGGAGUCAUAUAAUUAAUACCGCCGUCUCUCGUCGUUAGGAGGUGCCUGGGAAGAAGUUGGAACCAGCGACAAAACUACUUGGCUCGCGAGAAGAUCAGAUGACAAAGCGUACCUUUUCCGUUAUGUCAGCAUGUUAUCUCGAGUACCGAUGAUCGAUAAAGGAAAGGGAGUCAGGGACAAGGUGAUCGACUUUGCAAGGAUACGCGCACCUGGGACAACGACAACAACAACAACAACAACAACGACACCCCCCGCAUACCACCCGAAUGACAUUCUCUGUAUCUCAGCCCUCAAUCGCUGCCAAUUAACCAGACAGUACCGCAGUUUGAAUCAGCGCGUCCGAUCCGGAAGCUUAUUGAUCUCCUCUCUACCGUUGUUCAGGUUCACCAGAUAACACGACUUUAGAAACUGAAUUAUGAGCACAAGCACCACCUCCUCUCAUAGUUGAAGCACGCUUCAACAAACCUUGUUCUCACCUCUUUCCUGGAUUCUUCCCUUCACAUGGAUUACGGGCUCACACAAGACUAAUCAGCCAUCCCAACGGUACCACUUCAAGAGAAUCUACACGAUGGCGUCCCGAUACAUUCAAGUAGCCACGCCGCCCUCCAAAAACGCCAUCCUCGAAUCCCUCGUCGAACAUGUCCGCGCCCGCAAUGCGCGCUUACCGCCCGGACGCGACAAGAUGGCCUUUGGUGCGUGCGAACUCAAGGUGGAAAUGCCGCUGCUUCUCAACCAGCCUGGCGCGCCCCUCCCGUGUAGGGAGUCGCCCGCCGAGUUCGAGACCGUCAACGCCCACUUUUCAGCCCAAAUUCACGCUUUCUUCAACGCACUCCACGCCCUGGAGGACAUGGCAGACAAAGCGUCCUCGGACGACCUGAACCUCUGCCGCCCAGACGAAUGCCUUCGGCCCGUCAUAUGCGUUUCCAACCAGUCCUUCGAACCCCAUCUAGACUGUUUGCACCGCGCCUUCCACACUCGCCGCCUCACCGUCCAGAAUCCGGACAGCCUGCCCCUCUUCAACCGCGUCACUCAACUGCGCAUCCUCCCCGACCGGGAUGUCACCUUUGACCCAAUCAACAUGCGGCCCGUCUCCUUACGCAUGCCCCUCGAACUCACCACCCGCCUGCCUCAACUCCGCGAGCUGGACUGCCCCUGGCUGUGGGAGCGCCUUCCCGUUGCCUUCACAUCCAAAGCACUGCGCAUCAUUUCCCGCGUCUGGGCAGGUCCUUGGCGAGAUGACCGCGCCGAGUUCGCGCGGGCUGUGCGUCAUGCCAUGCCCUUGUUGCCGUCCUCCCUCAUCAAGGUCCGUCUCUGGUUUUGGAGGCCCAGCUCCCAUGGGGACGAGGUGGACCAGGCGGCGCAGAUGCCCGACCUUGUUGGCACGUCGUCGUCAUCGUCCUCGACCAACGAGUUUGGAAGCAUGGACCCUGUGUCUCUUGGCUUGCGGGACCUGGGAAGUCGCCUGGAGGAACUAGACGUCCGCGCGCUCAUCACCCCCGAUCUUUUCCCUUCCGGUGGCGACGGUCCGUCAUGGUCACACAUGCGGCACCUCAAGGUGGAAUUCCACCCGUGCGCGCCUGACGGCAGCUGGUACUUUUCCGGCCCGCGAGGGGAGGAUCCCCACGCGACAGGGUUCGCCAUCACGAGGGAGGAGCACUACCCGCCCGGCUUGGAAGACGACGACGAGACGCACCAGUUGAUGUCCGACGAGGAGGAAGAGUACUGGGGCGACGCACCGGAUAUAUACGACCUCCGCAACCCCGACAUGUUCCGUCUGCGCCCCAUCGCGGAACGCAUCAACCCUUUGCUCUUGGCGUUUGCCUUGUCCCUGCAACGGCAAAAGAUGCUCGCCUUUCGAGACGCCGAGCUGUUCACGUGGCUUACGUGGCGGCCCUCCAAGGAGAGGACGAAGGAGUAUGAAGGGAGUGAUGACGUGUCUCCAACUUCGUAUGAGGAGGAGACGGUGAUGUUCCGAUGGGGGGUGAGAUACGAGGCGCCUGCUGUUGGAAGAGAUGGCAAAGGAAAAGUGACGUGGCAGGUCGGUGAGGACUGGAGGCCUGAAGACGAAGUCAUCAAGGCGUUUGAGCAUCUUGUGUGCGGCGAUGGGGAGAACAUGGAGUGGAAAGCGUUUGAGUUUGUGGAAGAGAGGGAGGAGGACCCGGAGGACUAUAUCUGAUUCCCAUCAGAUGUGACCACAGUCGAACCUCAAAUUCAAUCAACGAAGGGCCGACAGUCGCGCUCAUCGCUACCGACAAGCAGAAAAGAAGAUACAGCCAACUUCUUUGAUCGAUUCCUGUCCAUAUACUCCUCCUCCUGUAUGGUCAAACUUGUUGCUACCUCGCUAGCUAGUAACCAGCACCAUUAGUCACCCUUCCCGUACCAAGCACUGACACCACUACAGUACGCCUCACCCAAUGAAUAAUUCGUCACACACAAUCGCUACUGAACGC